UCAUGAUCAAUGGCGGACAGCAAAGGUUUUCUAUUGGAGAUUGCAGCACGACAGCCAAUACGAUUAUUGGUCUCUGGUCGAUUUUUGUUGAUCAUCGCCUCUCAUUGGACAACCAAAUAGGAAAACAUUCAAAAUCCAGCACGUGCACUUUAUUGUUUUGAUGCAAAAUAAGCCCAAAGUCAAUGUGCAACAAACAAAACAACACUAACCAAAAGUGCGUACGAAUAUUUUUCACCUAAAAAACUUCCUCGCAACUCGAAGCAAUGGCAUACUUUGCCUUGUGACGACUACGCGACAAACGAUACAAUCCCAAGAGAAAAACGCUCCAACAACGGUUCCCAUAGUACUCCAACCGAACCAACCGUCUAAAUUCAAAAAAGCUUUAACAACACUUGGACAAAUUUUCCCCACAACAACACCCCACAGCCACAAAUUUGUUGAGCAGACUUGCAAUGGAACACUCAAUCACUGUAACCCCAAUCAAAGUUGAAGUACCUGACAGUGCAGUUGAGCCAUCGGUCUCGUCUUCGAGCGGCGAACGAGUGAGAAAUUCGAAGCUUGCCAACCUGCGAAAGAAAAUCCCGACAAUCGAAACCUUCUGGCCGACAGUCUUGGAGGAAGUAAGAAGCAUACAGCAGGUAGAUGCAAAGCACCAAGCACUGCCUCUGGCCCGAAUAAAAAAAAUUAUGAAACUGGACGAGAACACACGAAUGAUUGCGGCCGAAGCGCCUCUGCUCUUUGCUAAGGCUUGCGAGUACUUCAUACAGGAGUUGACUUUGCGGGCUUGGGUGCACACAGAGGAGAGCAAACGGCGCACACUCCAGCGCAGCGACAUAGCCCAAGCAAUAUCCAUUUGUGAUCAAUUUGACUUUCUCAUCGACAUCGUUCCGAGAGAGGAUAUCAAACCACCGACGACUUCGGUAAAGAAGGAGGCUGAAAAACACGCCAGUCAGCAGGCUGCAGCGACUGCGGUCAGUAUGAAUUCAACGAACAGUGUCCAGCAGACGCCAGCCCCUGAACAACCCAUGCAGUAUUACAUACAACUCGGAGGUCAACCGCAACAGUUACAACAACAGCACCUUCAGACGUCGAACAUAACACCGAACGGGUUGUUGGGGAACCAACAGAUCCAGCAGUCGUUGCAAGGCAUCAACAUAGUCACUGCUCCUCAGAACAUCCUGCUGACUGCUGGCAAUCCAGGGCAGCAGCAGACGGCAACUACGAUGGUGAAUAGUUUGCAGAAUCCACAACAGCAGAUACAGUUGAUUCAGCAAGUUGUCACACCCAAUGGGGAGAUAACCAAUGUUCCGAUCACUAUAACAGCGAAUCAAUUAAAUCUCCUUCGAAUGCAAAUGCAGGGCAAUCAAGCGGCGAAUGCCCUCCAAACACAACAAGUCCUUAUACCAACAAUGUCAACCCAACAGCAAGCUCAAUUGGUGCACAUAGGCGGAGGGAAUGUAGCUACAGCUGCCAAUGUCAUACAAAACCCAGGCCACCAAAAUAUCUUUCUGAGCACCGGUCAUGGAAAUUCAAUAGUAUCAACUGAUCGGAAUCUUGGAAGUACUUUUAGACCAAAUUGUUGAUCCAAAUUAAUGUGAAUAGAUUCUUAUAUACAAAUUAUAAUUCAAAAAAUACACAUAAAAUUAUAUUUACUGUUAAAAUAAUAUAAAUUAUAAUGAAAACAAAACUACUUAUUUAUAAGAUUUCACUUUCGAAAUAAUUUGUUUGCAAUCUAACAAAAAUGUGUACGGAUAAAACAUUAUUGUUUUUUCUUUUAAAUUCACGUGUGUAAUUGCAGCCUAAGAAAACAUAAGUUGUUUAUGUUAUGCUGAAAACCACAAAAUAAAAUAAAAUUUAAGAAAAAAUAGAGUUUCCUAAUUGUAUAAUAACUAUAA